GGAUAGUAACGUAAAGCUAUUCGGCUUGACCCCUUUUUUGCACAGUUUUCUCUUUUGGGGGCAGUUUUUCAUGGCUGCCGUCGGAGCACUAGAUGAUGCGGAGAAGCCACGGCAUCGGCCCUUUCUGAUCGGUGUUAGCGGCGGGACUGCCAGCGGAAAGUCUACUGUUUGUGCCAAGAUCAUGGAGCUCCUGGGUCAGAACAAGGUGGACCACUGGCAGAGGAAGGUGGCCAUAAUCAGCCAAGACAGCUUCUACAGAGUGCUGACCCCAGAUCAGAAGGCCAAAGCACUGAAGGGCCAAUACAACUUUGACCAUCCUGAGGCUUUCGACAAUGACUUGAUGUACAAAACGCUGAAGGAUAUUGUGGAGGGGAGGGUUGUUGAGGUUCCAACGUAUGACUUCAUCACUCAUUCCAGACUGGAAGACACGAUCACUUUUUACCCAGCAGAUGUUGUCCUCUUUGAGGGGAUUCUCGUCUUCUAUCCUCACAAAGUGCGCGAUAUGUUUCACAUGAAGCUGUUUGUGGACACAGAUUCAGACGUUCGACUGUCUCGCCGAGUUUUGCGGGACAUGAACAGAGGGCGAGACCUGGAGCAGAUACUCAGUCAGUACACAACGUUUGUCAAACCUGCGUUUGAAGAGUUUUGUUUGCCGACUAAGAAGUAUGCAGAUGUCAUCAUUCCAAGGGGCGUUGACAAUAUGGUGGCCAUCAACCUCAUUGUGCAGCACAUCCAGGACAUUCUGAACGGUGACAUCUGUAAAUGGCAGCGUGGAUCUCUUACCAGCCAGGGGCAGAGCCUCAAACGGUCUUCUUCUGACCAGGGAGACCUACAGACAGGAACCUGUAAUUCAACAGGAAAGAAGGUUCUGCUGGAGCCCAGUAGUCGCCCGCACUGACACUUCUGCAGAUGAGUGAAUGAAAUGGUGUGAAAACGUGCAGUGAGCUGGGAAUCUCUGCUACAGAUAGAAAAACAAAGCUACCGAUCGCACCCACUGCAGCCUUUUUUCUUUUUUCAAAUAAUCCACAGUCCUAUUGUUGGCGAUUAGCACUUUUGCAUUUUAAUGUUAAUAAAUAACCACAGAGGUGGAAAACCACAGCUUCAGUGUGUAAAAGUCUCCCACAUAUUUGUUUAGUCCUCCCGCUAAAACAUUGUCAUUUUAUGCCACUUAUCCAGGUUGUGGUAGCAGAACAGCGAGCAGGUCCUCCCACACUUCCCAAUCGUCAGAUAAAUCCUCUAACACUUCCUGGGAGAUCCUGAGGCAUUCCCAGGUCAGCUAGGAAAUAUAAUCCCUCCAGUAUGUCCGUGUUUUCACUGCGCCUUGAAAUCCUGUCCAUGAACAUCAGGACCGGGAUUGGUAAUAUGGGGCAGCCCUGGUGUCGAACCAGCUGAACUGAAAUGGAUAAACUGUUCAGGCAGAAAGAUGAGCUUAGCAGUGAAAUCACCUGUUUUAGGUGCACAGAUGGAAGCAAUGAAGCCAGCAUUUUCCACCUCUGAAUAACCAGUAUCGUAAUAGAUUGUAAACACUUAGUGUUCUGCUCUUGUUGUUUUGGUGUUACUUUUGUCACACCUGUAAUUUCUUAAAUUAAUGGAAAUUUCUAUAUAUUUCUGCGCCCUGCCUUGUGAUCUGUGGUCCACCUUAUAUUCACAUUUGGAUUGUAAAUGUAUUGAGGCAAACCAAACAUACAAUAUUUUGGCCACUGGGGACACACCUAAAACACACGACCUUUGUUUUAGGGUCCAACAGCACAGCUAAAAAUAACAUUCUUCAGUUUAGUCAAAAUGAACCAAAUCUGGCAUGCAUGUAGACUUAUGUUCUAAGCAAUUCUAGGUAAGUCCUCUGGAAUUUUAAGUAAAAUCCCAGUGUUCUCCCUUUGCCCUACACCAUCAGUUUCCCUUCAUUUUGCACAUCCGUGUGAAAAGUGCACAGUACGAGUAUUGAGAUUUGGCUAUAUUAUCCAGGAGAGCCAUAGUAAAUAUUUUCCAAAAUGGCCAUCAUUCAUUGUUUUUGUCAUAUAGGGUGCCUAAACUAGGUAUCUUACCAAGACUAGUUGUUUGCGCUAAACUAUUGGUCGAGGAUUUAUAACUGAGUGUUCAUGACAGUUUAGUCUCAAACAAUAUUUUUGCCAAAAUGGCCACCAUUUUGAAAAACAUGACCAUAAUUUUCAUUUGUUGUAGAGUUUAUCAGUACUAUUGAUGGUAUCAAGACAGCUUAAUUGAAAUACUAUGUAAUACAUUGGGAACAGAGCAGUAAAUGCUUGAAAGCAGUUUUUGGCAUUCAUUGUCAUCCUCAGUUAUUUUUGUGGUUGGCCAUGUAUGGAAUAUACUACAGCUUCUGUUGUAUGAUUGUACUAAUUUACAAAAGGACAAAUAACCUUUUGGGAAAAACUUUUUGUGGGGGGUGGAGAUUUUACUUUCUCAUAUCUCUAAAAACAUUUUAAAUUAUUCCUAAAUAUUUUGUAUGCGUGUAUCCAAAAUACUGUAGUUUUCCAAAUUGGUUGCCAAAAUGGCCACCAUAUUGAAUAUUUUGGAUAAAAUGACUAUCGCAGAAUUGAGUAGCAGUUUUAUCACAGCAUUAGAUGAGACUGGUCCUUCUUGCUAGAACUAGACUGCCAAGGGCCCUGUGGGUUCCCAACUCAAUUAAAGGCCAAGAAAAAAAAGGCCAUUUCUAAAGGAACGAAUCUGCCCAAAUAAUUUUAGGGAUUGGAACGAUGUCAAUGAAUAUGUGCCUAUCUGACAGUUUUUGAGAAAAUUGGCUCCAAAUACCCAAACUGGCUGUUUUUGGCAUAAAAAUGGCCACCAUUUCCAAGUGAAAGAAUCUGACUAUAAUUUUUUGACAUGAAAUAUGUCACCCUUGACAAACUAGGAAAUACAGUUUUUCAUAAAAUUGCCCUUAAAUGGCUAUUUCGGCAUAAAAAUGGGUGUCAUUUCCAAAUGAACAAAUAUACAAAUGUGAUUUUUAGACAGGGACAUUGUCACUGACCCAUAUUAUGCUCUUGACACAUUUGAAAAAAGUUAUUAUACAGUUUUUAAAAUAUGACAAACGGCCGACGCCGCACUACAACAUAGGUUUAACAGCCUAUUGGCUGGUAAUGCAAAGGGGGAAAAAAUAUCUACACUUGCUCUCCUGGGUGCAAAACAUCUGAAUAUCAAUAUCUAGAUUUGCUUAGAUAUCCACCUACGUGCGCCAAACUUAGUGCUUUUAGACAAAACGUAGUUUCUUCAUGCCGCUGGACUAAAACAUCUCUGAAAGCUUGUUUAAAGGUUUGCUUUCAGUUACACUUUACCUCACGUUUAUCUCGUCUUCUGUUGCUUCAUCAAUUGAAUAAUUAACUUGUUGGUAUUCUGCUUUUUUUUAAUUUAAAUUUUUGUACAUAAAACCAGGACUGUGAAUUUUAGUCAUGUGGUACUUAAAAUGCUACCUUGAUUAUUUUGGGUAACAUCACAGCUUAAACGUUGGUCAGUGAUUAAUAUCCAGUACCACCUUAAAUAUUAAAAAAAAAUAUAUUUCUGCCCGUACGUGUAGAAACAGAGCUGCUUAUUUAUUGGAGUUUGAGAGCACAGUGUGAUGUGUUGGUUUUAACCAUUUAUCCC